CCUGCGCGGGUGGUCAUGCUGUCAGCCGGGCGCCAGGGUCCGGUCCUGCUACGGCUGCGGUGUUUCGGUAGGUGGCCAGGGCUCAGGACCUGUCCAUUCCUGUGCGGCCUUGGGCAAGAGCCCUUCGAGAGAGUCCGGUUACUAUGUUGUGAAUCCUUGCCUAGAGACGCACGAGAUGACGAGGGAGAGCGCCAGGCGGCACAGAGGAAAGUCCCAGGCGCAGAGUCGCCUCCAUCGCUUCCUCCGCGCGCCCGGGGACUUGGGACCAGAUGUCUUUCGUCACUGAAAAGCCUCACGGUGCAGACGCCGCGAGAGGAGUUACCUCCUCAAGAACAGGAGGACUCGAGUAGAGACCAGGGCCACUCAGUUCCCUCACUGCCGGCCUUGGCCCAGUCUGAGACCAAGGACAAAGAACUUCACGUCUCUUCCUUGUCAGCUUUCAGAGAGGUGCCUUUUCGGGUUGGGGAGCUGAUUUUAGCUGAGACUGGAAAGAGAGAAACACAAUUUAAAAAAUUAUUUAGGUUGAGCAACGCCGGACACUUAAAUAGUAGCUGGGGGACAGUCCCGUUCAGCGAGAUCGUGGGGAAGUUCCCCGGCCAGAUACUGAGAAGUUCCUCUGGUAAGCACUUCAUGCUGAAGAGGCCGGCAUUGGAGGACUAUGUAUUACUGAUGCAAAGGGGGCCUGCUAUAACUUAUCCAAAGGAUGUGAAUAUGAUACUGUUGAUGAUGAACAUCUACCCUGGUGAUACUGUUCUGGAAGCUGGUUCAGGCUCUGGUGGAAUGAGCUUAUUUUUAUCCAAAGCAGUUGGAUCACAAGGACGAGUCAUAAGUUUUGAAAUACGAAAAGACCACCAUGAACUGGCUAAGAAGAAUUACAGACACUGGCGUGAUUCAUGGAAAAUGAGUCAUGUAGAAGAGUGGCCAGACAAUGUGGAUUUUAUUCAUAAGGAUAUUUCAGGAGCAACUGAAGAUAUAAAAUCUUUAACAUUUGAUGCGGUAGCUUUGGAUAUGUUGAAUCCUCAAGUUGCUUUGCCUGUUUUAUAUCCAAAUCUUAAACAAGGUGGUGUAUGUGCUGUAUAUCUAGCAAACAUCACACAGGUCAUUGAACUUUUAGAUGGAAUUCGAAUCUGUGAACUUGCCCUCUCAUGUGAAAAGAUAAGUGAAGUUAUUGUCAGAGAUUGGUUGGUUUGCCUUGCAAAACAGAAAAAUGGAAUUUUACCUCAAAAAGUGAAACCUAAGAUCAACACAGAUUUACAAUUACAUUCUCAAAAGAAAAUUAGAAUUGAAGAAGAAUCACAUUCUGAUUUUCCCUAUGGAUCACUUCCCUACAUUUCUAGACCUGUGCACUGGCAAACUGGUCAUACAGCUUUUCUUGUCAAGUUGAGGAAGUGCAAACCACAGCUUAACUGAGUACACCAGAUGAGAACAACUGAUUUGAAGGUGGAAAAGCAUCAAAAUAGAACUUUAUAUUGCAAAUCACUACUUUCAUAAAUUGGUAUGUUUAGCUAUGAUUUGUAUAAUUUUUAUGUGUAAUUCUGAAAAGUAAUGAAAGCUAAAGAAAGACAUGUAACAUUUCAAAACUGCUUAAAUGUCCCAUUUUGACACUUGUCUUGCAGUUAGUUUGACAUUUUGUAGUUAAUGAUUCCAGGUUGGUUUAGUUGAGCCAUCUCAUUCUUCACUUCCUGUAAACCACUCCAUAGAUUUGUCUUUCUUCAUGAAAUUAGUUUUCUUUUCUUUGUUUGAUUGCUGGUCUUUGGCUACCAAAAUAAAAUAUGCAUUUUAAGAUAAA